AUGGAAGAGGUCUCAGUAGACAGAUCAUCAGCUAAAAUUGACCAUGAACCUGCAAUAAAAAAGUAUUCUGAGUUUCACAAAAAGGAAAUACAACAAACCAAGAAGUUUUUCAAAAGAUGUUUUAUGCUUAUUUUAACUGCCGUUUUAUUAGCAUCGAUGCUGCUGCUCAGCAACUCCGUUAGAGACAGAGUGGUAGAGAAGUACCAAUCUGAUCCGAACAAGACCUUUUAUUACAAGCUCGCCCACUCCUCUUUUGCUAUUGUGGUAGCCCUGAACGUAUUUUUGGUAAUUUACUUUAUAUUUCUUAUUACUAAAAUGAUAAUCAAAAUACAUUCUCCAGAAGCCAUACUGCUGCCUAAUGUUCUCGAGCAUUUUGCCAUGCAAUUCAGCCAAAUGGCUACUUUGAUUGUUUUGAGCUGCCUUGCUCCCCAUGAGCUUUACUAUCCUGCUGGAACGCUGGCUCGUGAGAAACAAUCUUGGCUAUUUGGUUUACACGUCUGGGAGACCAGCAAGAGCUGCGACAGUAGUCAGAUUUACAGCAUAUACUUGCCGGCAAUCUUCAAAAUACUAGGAGUACUAUUGGUCAGGGAUUUGGUGAUCUACCUACUUAAUUUUAACGUCCACUACAAAUAUUACGAAAAGAGAGUUGAGCAGAAUACUGAGAAAAUAAACAUUCUCAGAGCAAUGACUGACAUAACCAAUGCAGGAUAUGUCGGAGAUGUAGACAUUAUUGCCAAGAGAUUCAUUCAGGUAGUUUCACAGAACGGCCCAGUUACACAGUGCACCUUGCAAACGUUUUUCAGCGAGGAAGUUUCCUACAAAAUCUUCAAGCACUGCAACAAAACUAGUACGGACAGUGAACUAACAGAGGAGGAAGUCAAGGAAUUCUACAUCUCGACACUUGUUGAGCAGCAGGCAAUAGUAAAGAGCAUUGAGCAGCACAACGCAACAGUUGAUAGCUUCCGAGGUGUGCUUAAUGUGCUCAUAAUUCCAGUUUGUCUGUACCAAUUUUUAAGCAUGAUUUUGUUUAUUAACCGCGAAGAUUCGGAGAUAAUGAAAAAUACAUAUUUCCUAGGAACGCUGGUUUUCUCAAUGAACUACACAUUUUCCGAAUCUUUCAAAGGUUUUGUUAGCAGCCUGGGCUUUAUUUUCUUUAUCAGGCCAUACGAAGUGGGAGACCUGUUUAUUUUGAAUGGCAAACUCUAUAAGGUGCAUGAGAUUAACCUUUUGACGACGGUUCUUUUUGACGGAUGCAACUAUACGGUUUUCUCCAAUUCCAAACUUUCAGGAGAAUCCAUUACAAACCUAAGACUGAACAGGGUUUGGGAUGUUGAGUAUACAACAACAUUCAAGCUGGCAGACUUUGAGGCCAAGAAUGCAAUGAUGCUGCUUGCAAUUAACGAUUACGUCAAUAAGAAAUCGUCGGAGUUUAGAAAAAAUGCCUACUUGAGCAAGAUUGUUCCAAAAGACGGCGGAAAAGUCGAGGCUACUAUUUUGGUCAAGUUCAACAGUGAUGUUUCGGACAUUGAGGUGCUUAGUAAAAGGAAGGCGGACUUCUUCUUCAAGCUUCAGGAGAUUUUCAAAGGAGUUGAACUUUUGCCGUUAAAAGAAUAA